UAAUAGCACACGGAAAAGUGAAGUACAAACUGGGCAAGGCAGGUAAGUCGGUAAAUUGGGAUAGAGUCAUACCUUUAAUGAACACAAGGUGGCGUGCGCGAUCCCGUUAGAUAGCGACAAGAUGGCGGCCGCCGCCGGAUCAGGCGUGAAGGUUCCCCGUAACUUCCGGCUGCUGGAGGAGCUGGAGGAGGGUCAGAAGGGUGUAGGAGAUGGUACCGUGAGCUGGGGCCUGGAGGACGAUGAGGACAUGACCCUGACUCGCUGGAGAGGGAUGAUCAUUGGCCCACCCAGGACAAUCUAUGAGAACAGAAUGUAUAGCGUGAAGGUGGAGUGUGGACCCAGAUAUCCAGAGAGUCCUCCCUUCGUCAGAUUUGUGACUAAAAUCAACUUGAAUGGCGUCCACAACUCGAAUGGCGUCGUGGAUAUGCGCGCAGUGUCGUCUCUGGCCAAAUGGCAGAACUCGUACAGCAUCCGCGUGGUCCUGCAGGAGCUGCGUCGUCUUAUGGCCUGCAAGGAGAACAUGAAGCUGCCUCAGCCACCCGAGGGACAGAUCUACAGCAACUGAGCCUUGACCCUCUUCUCCUUACGGUUUUAUCCAUCCUUCAUCCCAGCCUUCCUUCCUUUCCUGUGUUUCACACUCUUCCCUCCCUGCAGCCUUCAUUCCAUCUGAGCCUAUGGAGUGUGUGUUCCCUUGCACCCCUCUCUGUCCCUUACCCCCCCCCCCCCCCCCCCCCCAACCCAUUCUUCACAAGAUAGACAGACAUGCUUUGGGUUACUAGGCCGAGCAGAGGAGACCAUUAUCAUACUGUACGUCUUACUAAUCUUUUUUUUAUUAUUUGUUACAAUUGCCGAUUGUAAAAUAACAUAAAUGAUCUUAUUGCGUGUAACUGUGUGAGUCUGUUUUUGAUGAGCUACGCUGUGAGGAAAUCUGCAGUUAACAGGCAAUGACUCCUCUGGUGCAAACAGAGGACAUUUUUUUUUCUUCCUAUUGCCUAGUUUUGAAUUUAUAUGAAAUUUCAAAAGCUACUUCCGCUUGCUGUUCAGCCCAGUGGACUGGUUUUGGGAUGCUGUUAUAGGGUCACCUUACAUUAUACUGGAUUUCUCUAGUACUGAAAGCAGGAUGCUGAGCUGAUUAAGGGUGUAUGUGUUUUAGAGACAUGCUCAGUUAUGAGUCGUGACAUUUUCUCAUGACUAAGCUGGAUAUGGUAACAGGGCUUUGCUAUGAAUAUUGCAGUACAUUCUGUACUCAUCAGUUUUUCAAAUCAUCUGUAGCUUUACACAUUCUAUAGCAAUUUCUCAUUUUUGUGCAAGUCUUAAGACCAAUCCAUUGGAAACUGUGCCAUUAUAUCAAUGUACUAUUUUAAUGAUGUGUUUGACUUUGACAUCCAGUUUCUAAUUUAAAUCCUUGUCUGUGGCGGGACAUGCUGGUUUUGUCCAGGCUAACUUGUCAACAGCCAUAUUUUCUUCCUUUUGAUUAAAUUGCUUUGUUUAAACCAA